AUGUCCGUGCCGCGCUGGAUACACUGCAACAUAUGUCUUCAUCUUUUGUCGAGAAAGGAGCGAAAGUUUUACCAUCUUUCCUGCCGUCAUGUGCUUUGUAGGCAAUGCAUGGGCAAAACAAGUCGAGGAACAAUAUGUCCGGUGUGCAAUAAACCGUUGGAACGUUUCACCGAACUUAGUAAUCAGAUGGACCGCAAAGAAAAGAUGUUGUACGAUUCCGGCUCGUUGAAAUUGCUUAGUGUUGCCUAUCAAAGUGUCAUUUUCCAGCACAAACAGCGAGAAAACAUGAUAAGAGGAAUUCUGCGCUGUCGUAAAGCAAUAAUGCAGAUGAAGGACAUGGAAGACUCAUUGCGACAGAAAAUAGUGGAAACUCAACGGCGGUACGAAAAGUUUCGCACCUACCGUCGGAAUCUGCAGGAAACGCUCCGCCAAAUGUCACCCCGUUACGGAAAUGGUCCAUUGAUGGGCACAAACGGACGGGCUGCUGUGCCGCAGAUAACAGAUUAUCCGUCAGCACUACCUAAUCGCGAUGGCGAUCCGGACAGUCGCCGAUACGAUCGAAGGCGACCAACUUCCACGGUACCUUCGCUCACGAACCGACCAUUGCACAAUGCUACUUUUGAUACUUCUUCGCUCACAAACCGGCCAUCAUCAGUUAUGGAUAGUAGUUUUACACGGCAACACGUAACCAUGAUACACGCACAACGCAGUAAUACUGACCACUUUAGGGAAGUAGGUGGUAAAAUCGGAGGAACUAAUAUGAACGCGUUUGCGAAUGAUUCGGGUAUUUCCGGCAUGCAAACACCUUCAUCUAACUUUAGUUUCGGUGGUAGCUCUCGAAUAGCUGAACAUCGACAUCAGCAGCACACUCCAUCAACGCCAGCAAGAUAUCAUACCGGGGGUGCGUCCUAUCUGCACGAUCAAAUGCUGUCGUCCAGCAAACCACGGUAUUGA